GAAAUGGUGCUCUUGCAGAACAUUCUGAAAAUGUGCAUAUUUCAGGAGUGUCAACGGCUUGUGGAGAUAUUCCAGAACAAAUUCGAUCAUCAAGUGGGACAAUCACAAGUCCGGGGUGGCCUUCUGAGUAUCCUACCCGAAUCAACUGUAGCUGGUACAUCCAUGCGAACCCAGGGGAGAUCAUUACUAUAAGCUUUCAAGAUUUUGAUGUUCAGGGAUCACGACGAUGCAGCUCAGAUUGGUUAACAAUUGGAAGCUACAAGAAUAUUGAAGGCUAUAGAGCGUGCGGCUCCUCCAUUCCUUCACCGUACAUCUCUUCCCAGGAUCAUGUUUGGAUCAGAUUUCAUUCAGAUGAUAGCAUCUCCAGAAAAGGCUUCAGAUUAGCCUACUUUGCUGGGAAAUCUGAUGAACCAAGUUGUGAUUGUGACCAGUUUCAUUGUGCUAACGGAAAGUGUAUUCCAGAAAGUUGGAAGUGUAAUAAUAUGAAUGAAUGUGGAGACAACUCGGAUGAAGAAAUCUGUGCCAAAGCUAAUCCUCCUACUGCUUCUUCUGCUCAACCUUGUACUGACAAUCAGUUCCAGUGUCUUUCUCGCUUCACCAAGCUUUAUGCUUGCCUUCCGGAAUCUUUAAAAUGUGAUGGUAACAUUGAUUGUCUUGACCUAGGAGAUGAAAUAGACUGUGAUGUGCCGACAUGUGGGCAGCGGUUAAAAUACUUCUACGGUACUUUCAGUUCUCCCAACUAUCCUGACUUCUAUCCACCUGGAAGCAAUUGCACCUGGCUGAUAGACACUGGUGAUCAUCGCAAAGUAAUUUUGCGAUUCACCGAUUUUAAACUUGAUGGUACAGGUCUUGGAGACUAUGUCAAAAUAUAUGAUGGAUUAGAGGAGAAUCCGCAGAGGCUGUUGCGUGUGUUAACAGCAUUUGACUCUCAUGCUCCCCUCACAGUCGUUUCAUCCUCAGGACAGAUAAGAGUGCAUUUUUGUGCUGACAAAGUGAAUGCUGCAAGAGGAUUCAAUGCCACCUAUCAAGUAGAUGGCUUCUGUUUGCCCUGGGAGAUCCCAUGUGGUGGAAACUGGGGUUGCUACACAGAGCAACAGCGCUGCGACGGUUACUGGCACUGUCCAAAUGGAAGGGAUGAAACAAACUGCACCAUGUGCCAAAGAGAUGAGUUUCCCUGCUCUCGAAAUGGUGUUUGCUACCCUCGUUCAGAUCGCUGCAACUACCAGAAUCAUUGCCCUAAUGGUUCAGAUGAAAAAAAUUGUUUCUUCUGUCAGCCAGGAAAUUUUCAUUGUAAAAAUAACCGCUGUGUGUUUGAGAGCUGGGUUUGUGAUUCUCAAGAUGACUGUGGUGAUGGCAGUGAUGAAGAGAACUGCCCAGUCAUUGUGCCCACUAGAGUAAUAACUGCAGCUGUCAUUGGGAGUCUUAUUUGUGGAUUGCUUCUUGUCAUUGCACUGGGAUGUACUUGUAAAUUGUACUCACUCAGGAUGUUUGAGCGAAGAUCAUUUGAAACUCACUUGUCAAGGGUUGAGGCUGAACUGUUAAGAAGAGAAGCUCCUCCAUCCUAUGGACAGUUAAUUGCCCAGGGAUUAAUUCCACCAGUUGAAGAUUUUCCUGUUUGUUCACCAAAUCAGGCUUCAGUUCUGGAAAACCUGAGACUAGCAGUACGAUCUCAGCUUGGAUUUACCUCAAUCAGACUUCCUAUUGCUGGCAGAUCAAGUAACAUUUGGAAUCGACUUUUUAAUUUUGCAAGGUCACGUCAUUCUGGAUCAUUGGCACUGGUCUCAGCAGAUGGAGAUGAUGUUGCAGGCCAAAGUACUAGUAGAGAAGCUGAAAGAAAUAAUACUCACAGAAGUCUGUUUUCAGUUGAAUCUGAUGAUACAGACACAGAAAAUGAAAGAAGAGACACAGCAGGAGCAGUUGGUGGUGUUGCUGCCACCUUGCCUCAGAAAGUCCCUCCUGCAACAGCAAUAGAAGCAACAGUCGGAGCAUGUGGGAGUUCCUCUCAGAGCGGUAGUAGCGGUAACAUGGAUAGCAGAAGAGAAGUGACAAGCGUUGAGCCCCCAAGCACAAGUCCUGCACGUCACCAGCUCACGAGUGCGCUAAGUCGUAUGACUCAAGGCUUACGCUGGGUACGCUUUACUUUAGGGAGAUCAAGCUCAGUGAAUCAGAACCAAAGUCCUUUGAGACAGCUUGAUAAUGGGGUAAGUGGAAGAGAAGAGGAUGAUGAUGUUGAAAUGUUAAUUCCAGUCUCUGAUGUAGCAUCAGACUUUGACAUGAAUGACUGUUCAAGACCUCUACUUGAUCUCAGCUCAGAUCAAGGACCAGGGCUUAGACAGCCUUACAGUGCAACACAUCACGGUGUAAGGUCAUGCAGUCGAGAUGGCCCCUGUGAGAGCUGUGGCAUCGUGCACACUGCCCAGAUACCCGACACUUGCUUAGAAGCAACAGUGAAAAAUGAAACUAGUGACGAUGAGGCAUUAUUACUCUGCUAGGUACGGAUUGUUUAGGAAAGAUUGUGUACAAGUUGGAGCAAUAUCUGUCAUUGUUUUGUACUUCACAAUUAAAAUUAGUUUUUAGUUUUAAAAAAUCCAGGACAAGAUUAUGUUAAAACUAUUUUAGCCUGUGUGGUUGAUGAGACAUUUCUUAUACUGGAUGACGUUAUGGAACUAUAAGAGUGAACAUUUUAGUGGCUCUGAAUACACGAUGUGUGUAUCCAGUAUAAUCUGAUUACUCUUUAAACUGAAGUUAUCCCAGUUAGUUUCAAAUUUAGUUUAUCCUGGUACUGUAGUUCAAACCAGAAACAUGGCUGCUCAAGACUUAUUCGGCUGCCUGUUUAACCCCAUAUUAACAGGUGAAUUUGUACAGAAUUAUCUUCCUUUAGGAAUUGACUCUGUUGUAUUAUUGCCAACAUACUUGUAACUUAAUAUACUAAAUGCUGGUAAGGGUUGUUAAUGUAAAAUAUGUACUUUUCUUUGAGUUUAUACAACACUUUGUCUAAAUAUUCUUGAAUUUCAUCAUAAUGUGAAGUUAUUUAAAGGGAGGAGAAACUUUCUCCAGGAGCAUUCUUUUUCUCACAGAAGUACAAAAUGCAAUGUUUUGUGAAAUUUAGAUAUAAUAGAUAAACUGACGGCAAAAGCUUUUAUAGCACUGACUUUCCUAAACUGCAAUCUAAUAUGGUACAGCCAAAUAGUUUGUAAAAUCCCCAGUCGUUAGUCUUUUCCAUUUGAAGUAAAGAAGGGCCGAAGAUAUUACAAUAUGUGUUAGCUCUUUAAAUAUCUGUUACGUACAAAUACACUACAGAAUAAGUUCCAACUGGUAGAAAAAAAAACUGUAGGGUAUAAAGCUUGUUUGGAUUCAAGGGAUUUGCACUAAAAUCAUAUUAAGGUCUCUAAUGAGCUUAGUGCACAAGCACUAUCACUUUAAGUACUAUUAUUGUCUAAUAUUGCAAU